AUGGGCCCAGCAGUUUGCCGGCGACCCGAGGCGGCCGUGAUCGCCCGUAAGAGCCUCGCUUCCCGCGCCGGCCGGGUCGUGGGACCACACGACUCCGCCAUCCGGCCGAUGUACGAAGAUGACACGGAAGGCGAAGACGUCCUCUCCCCGAACCUCGACAACAUUGUUACCAACAACAACCACCCUGCGGUGAAAGCCGUCAUGGGACCGAACCAGCGGACCACAGCGGAUGGACUCGCGCGCGCCGGCAAGUCCCGGCCAGGUCCCGCGGCGGCCGUAGACCCGCGGCGUCGCCCGAUGGUGAUAGUGCCGGCGGCGGUGGAGGGCUUCGGGGGCGGCGACGGCGGCGGCGGCGCCAUGACGGUGGGCGGCGCCGGCAAGGCCUCCUCGCACCGCCUGCUGCACGCGGGGCCGCGCGCCUCCAGGUUCAUGAUCACGGACAUACUGGGGGCGGGCGGGGGCGGCGGCAGGUCGCCCUGCUCCUCGCCCGCCUCCUCCGGCGAGGGCCCGCGCGACCUGUCCCUGCACUGCCGCGACGACCUGAGCGACGGCCACGAGAGCGGCACGGACAGCGGCCUGCCGGGCGAGACGUCCUCCGUGUGCUCCAACGGCCACAAGGACGACGAGGCGAGCGGCGGCAAGGGCGGCCACUCGGGCAGCGGCCUCUCCAAGAAGCAGCGCAAGGCGCGCACCGCCUUCACCGACCACCAGCUGCAGACCCUGGAGAAGAGCUUCGAGCGACAGAAGUACCUGAGCGUGCAGGACCGCAUGGAGCUGGCGGCCAAGCUCAGCCUCACCGACACGCAAGUCAAGACCUGGUACCAGAACAGGAGGACGAAGUGGAAGAGGCAGACGGCGGUGGGCCUGGAGCUGCUGGCGGAGGCGGGCAACUACGCCGCCUUCCAGCGCCUGUACGGCGGCCCUCCCUACGGCUGCUGGCCCUACCCGGGGGCGGCGGGGGCGGCCGCCCCGCCCGUCGUCGGCCCCAGCGCCGCAGACCUCUACUACCGCCAAGCGGCCGCCGCCGCCGCCGCAGCCGCCGCCGCCAGCACGCUGCAGAAGCCGCUGCCCUACCGCCUGUACCCGGCGGCGGCGUCCCUGGGCCUGGGGCUGCCCGGCCCGUCCUCGGCGCCGCCCCCGGGGCUCGCCAGCCUCGCCGCCUCCUCGUCGCUGUCGUCGCUCAGCAGCUACUACAACAGCCACCACCACCACGCGCCGCCCCCGCCGCCCCCGCAGAGGUCGCCCUCGCCCGAGGAGCCGCCCCCGCCGCCUGCCCGCCCCCACAGCGGGCCCAGCUCGCCGGAGGCCUCGCCGCCCCACGUGUAGCCUGUGUGAGGCGGGGGAACUGUCCCGCGGUCGGGACUGUACCGAGGAAACACCAGCUGAGUGCUGUCACAUGCUGCCAACACAUGCAGAGAAAUAGCCUAGUCGUUGAGUUUUUCAAUCAAACAAAUAUUUACUAAAAAUGCCAGCCAUAUUUCAAACGACGCUCAUGAUCUCAAAUUUUUGUUAUAAUUGCAACAGUGAGAAGGUGAAACGUAAUCUAGAAACAUUUUAGGAUCUUUAGUAAAAAUUUGUUUAACAGAAAAAAAAAUUAUUACCACAGCACUCAAAAAAACUAUUCAUUUGAAAAAAAACCAUAAGCAUAUAUUAACAUAUUACUUUAAGGCCUAUAGCAGAAAUUAAUUUUGUUUAAUAUAAACUACUUUGCUGUUGAGCUAGUAUUAUCAUUUGAAAAAAUAUUUCCAGAGACGACAGCAUACUAGAAAACCCCAGCCUACACAGAUUAACUGAUUUGUGACACUGGUUCUUCUUCGUGUACAGUUCUCACCAUAAGUUUAGCUCCUCUGCAUUACGGCCGCCAUAGUGCUCCCAGAGGUUGGACAGAUUACGUCUGCAAUUUUUCACACUGACUCCGAGAAGUGAAAAGUGUAAAGUAUUCCGCAAGGAAGGAAAAAAAACUUAAUAUAAACUAUGUUGUAACGAACAAGCAUCUAAAUGAAUGCAAACGAGUGUUACGCCCCAAAGGUCCCACCUCCAGAAUAAAACGUUUAAAAAGUAUUAAGAACGAUGAUGAACUUGGUGCAAAAAACAAGUCUUUAUUUAGCAUUAGUCCCACUCAGUCGCUUGUAUUUAUACAAUCGCCAAAGGACGAUUCGCCAACGCUGUGUAAUGUGGUUCUGUACUUAAAAAAAUUCUUUAGAAUACUUAUUGUCUUUCUUAAACUAGAGACCCUACAAUUUCGUGGUGUAUAUCUGGAUAAUGUUACAGUAGAAAUACUGUAGUGUGAUUUUCAGCAUGUUUUGGAAUAAAGCGAUAAAAUUUUCUAACAGUCCUAGUAAAAUAUUAAACAUUUUACACACAUAUUUGCAGAAGAUAAGGUACUUGAGUCUGAUAGGCCUGAUUAUAUAUAUAUAUAUAUAUAUAUAUAUAUAUAUAUAUCCAUAUAUAUACAUUGUCAAAUAGCCACCAUUUUGUUAGAAAUGCUUGCAUUCACCUGGGACAUUUUCAGACUAGACUUGGGUGUGCACAUAGGCCUAAGUCAUCCAAAGAUGUGUUAGUGGCCUGAGUUAAAUUACAUUUAAGACCUUAGGUGGGCCGUUUUAGACACAAGUACCUUACAUAACAAUUAAUAAAAUAUCUGCCAUUUUCCCCUUGUUUUGUGUCUUAUAAGAUUUUUUUUAAAGCCAUCUGUAUUGUUAUGAAAACUGUUUAGCCGAUCAUCCCCGAGAAUUUUUUGAAGAACUAUACAUAAAAUUUGUUGUAUUUAUUUCUAGCUCUUAUACUUUCUAAUGUUUAACAUCGCGCGAAGUUUUGGGGUCCCCGCCGACAAUUUCCUCGAAUUUACCUUUUCAAAUGAUAGCCUAAGUUUCAUCGCUUGGCCUGUGUUGUUUGUCUGGCACGAGAGGUCACGUCUGUUUGUGUCGCUUUAUCUGAACAAAAAUGGGGGCAUUCUGUGCAAUUAUUUUUUCUCUCAGUGAAAUGUUGUACUUUUGAAAUCUAGUAUGGCGGUGUUGUUUGUCUAGAAAGCUGCGUGGAGACCCUCUACUCGGUGCAAUUUCCGUGCGGCUAAUCAAAAAGAGGACAUGUCCAUGAGACCGAAGUUUGUUUGAUAGUUGAGGUUAAUAUUUUAUUGUGACUGUAAUUAAUACGAAGACGUGUAGAAUUUAUUUAUUAUUGCAAGAAAAAAUUAUAUAAUAUUAUGUACGACAUGAACCUCACUUGCAAAUAGUGUAAAUAACUGGACACAUUCCGGUGA